CUCCUCCCCUCGUUCUUCUGUCGGCGCUCUCGCUCCUGUGCAGGCGCAGCUCGGCCUCCCCUCCGCACUUGAAUGGACUAGAUUCCCAGCCACGUAAGAAGCACAGCGGCGCACCGGCAGGGGGGGAGAGAGAGAGAGAGAGAGACAGAGAGAGACAAAGAGAGAGAGAGAGCGAGAGAGAGGAUGUCCUGUUAAAUCAAGGGAUCGGCCUGGGGAAGUCGGCCGGCCGUCCCUAUCCUGUCCUCAGCAGCAGCUCGCGUACGAGACGGACGACACUUUUUUUUUUUUUCUUUCCUUCAGCCCGGAGUAGACCGACGAGAGACGGAACCGAGGACGUCCCGGUUCCCCCGGCGCACCAACAACAAGAACCAGAACAAAAAAAGGAGAGCAGCUUUUUAUUCAGCUCCGGAUGGAUUUUUCUCCGUUCUGCGGUAGAUGACAAUCGCCGUGCGUGGAUAUGAUCCCCGGGAACAAGGCCGUGCACUGACCUGGUCCUAGUUAGCCAAGUAGGCUAACUGGUUAGCUCUGCACCUGCUAGCCAUCUCGUCAAAUUUCGGCUAAAUUGAGCAGCUAUCUUUAGCCCGCAGGAAACUUGCUCUAUUUAUAUAAAUACGUCUACAUAUUGCAUGUGUGCUUCUUCUCCCGUGCCCGCCGGCUGUGAAUUGUUUCCGUUUUAUGAAACGUGCCGUCCCGUUGCCACGGUGAAGAGAAGCUAGCGCCCGGUCCACGGACUUUUUUUUGGGGGGGGGGAAGUCGGCCUUUGUCUCGCUGCCCGCUCGCGCUGCUGCCGUUACCGACUCUGCAUGCCGGUUCGCACCAAACGGCGCAUUCAGUCGACUUCUGCCAUUUUUUAAUUAUUUUUUUUUAUAAAGCCCGGUCGAGUCUCUCGAAUGGAAAACAAAGGUGCGGAAAUCUACAGUUGAAAAUAAAUAAUAAUAAUAAUUUAGAGGUUUUUCUUUUUUUCUUUUCACCCCCCCUCAGUUGUAUGAAAGGCAGCGCGCCGGCUUCGCGCGUGACAGUCCGCCACGUUCCCCGCAGGCAGCGCGCUCCCUUCUCCUCCACGAGCCUCCAGCACGGCGGAUUAUUGCGUGUUUAAUGCACUGAGUUCGUCCCAAAAGUCUUGCCUUUAAGGAAGGGGGAGAAGAUCAAAGAGGAGGAAAGGGCUCCCACACACCCCCGGGUGCCUCUCUCCCCCCUCCCCCUCUCCCCCCACCCCGCAGAUUUUGUGGAGUUGUCGCCCUUCUUCCUCAUGAACAUACAGAGGUCAAAUCCAAUUAACAUUUCACGUUAUGGGAGAUCGCGGCACAAAUCGCACGACUUCGAGGAAUUGUCUUGCCUGAGGACCAGCGAGUCGCACCAGAGCUUCAGCCCCAACCUCGGGUCCCCCAGCCCGCCGGAGACCCCGGACUCCUCGCACUGCAUCUCCCGCAUCGGGGACUACCUCCUGUUGGAGCCGCUGGAGGGAGACCACGUUUUCAGAGCCGCCCACCUGCACAGCGGGGAAGAGCUCGUAUGUAAGGUCUUUGAAAUUGGCCGAUACCAGGAGUCGCUGGCGGCCUACUUUGCCCUCGGCCAGCACCAGCACAUCAACCAGAUCCUGGAGAUCCUGCUCGGGGAGACCAGAGCCUACGUGUUCUUUGAGCGCAGCUAUGGCGACAUGCACUCCUUCGUCCGCACCUGCAAGAAGCUGCGGGAGGACGAAGCUGCCAGACUCUUCUAUCAGAUAGCCUCGGCCGUGGCGCAUUGCCACGACAACGGACUGGUCCUCCGCGACCUCAAACUGAGGAAGUUCGUCUUCAAGAAUGACGACAGAAGCCUCGUGAAGCUGGAGAGCCUCGAGGACACCUACAUCCUGGACGGCCACGACGACUCCCUCUCAGACAAACACGGCUGCCCGGCCUACGUCAGCCCCGAGAUCCUCAACGCCAACGGCUGCUAUUCGGGGAAGGCGGCGGACGUGUGGAGUCUGGGCGUGAUGCUCUACACCAUCCUGGUGGGGCGCUACCCGUUCCACGACGUGGAGCCGGGCUCCCUGUUCAGCAAGAUCCGCCGGGGCCACUUCAACGUGCCCGAGACGCUCACGCCCAAGGCCAAGUGCCUGAUCCGCUCCAUCCUGCGGCGGGAGCCCGCCGAGCGCCUCACCUCCCGGGAGGUCCUGGAGCACCCGUGGUUCGCCUCCUCCGGGGCGCUGGGCGGCGCCGUGGUGCCCGGCAGGGCGGAGAGGGAGCAGGAGCAGAUCGUGCCCGAGGUGAACAUGGAAGAGGAGCUGGAGCAGUUCUUCAGCUGAGCACACACACACACGAGCGCACACACACACACACACACACACACACACCAAGCACAAAAAAAAAAAAAAAAGCAACGGACGACUCGGCCGCGGUCGGCUCGCCGCGCUCUCAGCAGAGCCGUAAACAGUAGUUUAGAGAUUAAU